AUGCUUCAUCAAUUACCCUCGAUUCGAUUCACAGCACACCAAGAUCCUAGAGCACCGCGGCCGUCUCUGGUUUUCAGCCCGCUGGCACGGGUACUGCCCAGCGGAAACGAGGUAAUCAAAGUCGGUCGAUAUUCGGAAAGAGAUAAUCAGCCUGCCCAGAUUGCGAAUGUGCCAUCUGCAGCGCCGGUUGGUUUCAAGUCAAAAGUUGUCAGCAGGCGUCACUGUGAGUUCUGGUACUCGGGCGGUCGCUGGUUCAUCAAGGACGUCAAGAGCUCGUCAGGGACGUUUCUGAAUCACAUACGGCUCAGUUCACCCGGUACCGAGUCAAAGCCCUUUCCCGUUAAUGACGGCGACAUUGUGCAGUUAGGGAUCGACUUCAAGGGAGGGGAGGAAAUGAUCUUCAGAUGUGUUAAGAUAAAGGUUGAGCUCAAUAAAGGAUGGCAGAGCGCUCCGAGCAGCUUUAAUGUUCAAUCCCAUAAACGUUUGCGAGAAUUGAAUAGCCAGGGGAAGUCCCCGACGAGUAGCUCGUCCCAGGAUUGCUCGAUAUGUCUGGGGCCAAUUGCUCCCUGUCAAUCACUGUUUGUUGCACCAUGUUCCCAUACCUGGCACUACAAGUGCAUUCGAGUUAUCAUAAACGGUCCACACUGGCCUCAUUUCGUUUGCCCUAAUUGUCGGACCGUUGCCGAUCUGGAAGCCGAACUCGACGAUGUAUAUGCAGACGGUGGAUGGGAGGAGGUAGAAGCUGCGGAUGCCAAUGUCGGCAUACAAGCUUCCGACACCCCCGAACCUGCGAAUACAACCCGUCAAUUACGCCAGGUCAGCGGCAACAGGGAUACAAACAUUUCGCCUCAACUGGCGUUGGAGGAAUCCGAUCAAGAUCAGAUGAGCCAUAGUGACGGUGACAUAGUUGAGGCUAGCGAUGAUUCAGAUAUUGGCCAAAGGGUCAAAGAUGCAGCAGAGGCCAUUGACCAUCUAAACAUCGAUGAGCCAUCGUUUCCCCCUAGCUCAUCGACCUCGCAAUUUCCUGGAGUAUCAAAUGCGACUGUCCCACCCGUCGAGAUAGUCAAUAAGAACCCUGUCUCCAGCCUCUCCGUCGGCGCUUCCGCCCACCUCGAAAAUCCCGAUUCCCGUACUGAUCGCAAUACGAUUCGCACACCGAGUCCAAAUGGUUUACCAUCUUCCAUGACAGAUGUCGUCACUAGCACUGAAGGACCAAUGACCCCAAGGAACGACGUGGGACCCUUCGUAUUUGACGGAAGUGCAGGCAGACUGUCAGAUAUCAGACUAGCAACUGUGGCAAGUUUAGACUUGGAUACAGCGGCAGAUACUCCACAGCAACCCGUUCCCCAAUCCUCCUCAUAA